GGCAGCUGGUGGUUGGAGGGCUGUGGGGGAAAGCAGUGUCUUUAGGAUUAGGGUUGGCAUGGGGCCAGCACCCAGCCUUCCAGUCAGAGAAAGCCUUGGCAGGAAAGGGGAAGGAGGCCGGAGUGGGUGGAUGAGCAACUCGGGCAGCAAAAAGGAAAGAGGCUCCGGAACCUGCGGCCUGGGUAGCACCCGAGGCACCCAAGGCCCCAUCCCACUACCCAGAGGGGUCUUGCAGGGGUGUCUGGCAGCAGCGAGGCCAAACCAGUCAGCACCUUGGGCGAAUCACCUGGAGCAGAGGUCAGGAGCUGUCCAGGGCCCCAGAACCAUGAACACCACUUGUGUCACUGCCAUCUGGCCCUCCUCAGUCAACAACGUCUUCCUGGCCUACUCAGUCACACUGCUGGUGCUGGGCCUCCUGCUCAAUGGCCUGGCGCUCUGGGUAUUCUGCUGCCGCAUGCAGCAGUGGACCGAGACCCGUGUUUACAUGACCAACCUGGCCGUGGCUGACCUCUGCCUACUCUGCUGCCUGCCCUUCAUGCUACACUCCCUGAGUGACACCACAGACACACCGUUGUGCCAGCUCUCACAGGGCAUCUACCUGCUCAACAGGUACAUGAGUAUCAGCCUGGUCACAGCCAUUGCUGUUGACCGCUACAUGGCUGUCCGGCAUCCACUGCGUGCCCGCGGGCUCCGCUCCCCACGGCAGGCAGCAGCCGUGUGCGCAGCCCUCUGGGUGAUGGUGGUCAGCUCCCUGGUGGUGCGCUGGCACCUGGGGCUGCAGGAUGGUGGCUUAUGCUUCAGGAGUAGCUCCCGGCAACACUCCAGCAGCAUUGUGGUCUCGCUUCUGGGCUUCUACCCGCCACUGGCUGUGCUGGUCUUCUGCUCCCUGCAGGUGGUGACCGCUCUGGCCCAGAGGCCAGCCACCGAUGUGGGGCAGGCCGAGGCCACUCGCAAGGCUGCUCAGAUGGUCUGGGCCAACCUGGUUGUGUUUGUCGUCUGUUUCCUGCCACUGCAUGUGGUUCUGACGGUGAAUUUCGCCAUGGGCUUGUCUUCCUGUGCCACCCGCAUCACAUUCGGCCAGGCCCUCUCUGUCACUAGCAGGCUCUCAGAUGCCAACUGCUGCCUGGACGCCAUCUGCUACUAUUACAUGGCCAAGGAGUUCCAGGAUGCAUCUGCACUGGGCAUGUCCUCCAGGCCCAAGGCCCACAAAAGCCAGGACUCCCAGAGCCUGACCCUCUCCUAGGAGGCGAGCUACACAUGCACAGGCCAGGGUUCCUGUCAACAAGGAGCCCCAAGAUUGACCCUGAACUCUCUUUGAGAUGUGGACACUCUCUAGGAGGAUGGACCCAGGCCCUGGGCAAAGGAGGCCACACUGCUCCCCUGGGAAGGGACAGGGGCAAGAACCAGAGGACAGAGGCCAAGAAGUCCAACCCCAAGGAUGCUGGGACAGAGCUAAACACUGGCCACAUUAAAGUGGGCACCCCGACACAAUAGGGUGGGGCCUUGGCAGCUGUUUUUUGUCCAGGCCACAUUGGGCUACAAUAAAAGCUCUCCACUGAGAGUCGGUCCUAUCAGGCCAAUGUGUCACCUAGGCUCAAGUGGGGGGAGGCGGGGAGGGGACAUGUGGCUCAGAGAGCGAGGGGCAUUGUCCCAGAAGGCUCUCUAGGGACUGUCCACUUUGAGGUCUCCACCCUGCCUCUCUCCCUACCCAUGUGUGCCAUGUGUGUGUGACAGAGGCUGUCUGCAGCUCCUCCUGGGAGGAGCUAAGGUCCAGAACUCAGUUUUCUUUGGUCAAGGCAGUGUUGGAGCCAGCUCAACCUCACUUAGGGACUGCACAGCUGCGCUCAGGUUGGGGAGCAAGGUGGGGGAGGUAGGGGGAGGUCAGGGAAGAGGCCGAGGUCUGUCCAGGAGCACUGUCUCUUCCUCCUUCCUUCAGGGAAAUGCCAGAAGACAAGCCAGCAGAGGCAGGGGCUAGGUGUCCAGGCUGGUUUCUGCUUCUCCUCUCUGCCUCCCUGUAUGGGGCUGGGCAGCCCAACUCAGGUGAAAGUGACCAGAACUUCCUUAGGGCCUGCUGACAUGCCGGACUCAAACCCAACUCUGUCCUCCCUCCUGGAGGACAACCUUGGGCAUUGUACCAGCCU